AUGUCUGCAGCGGGCGCGGCGCCGUUUGUGCGGGUGGUGUCGUACAACGUGCUCUCGUCGCACCUGUGCGCGCCGGACCACUUCCUACGCUGCGCGCCCGACGCGCUCGACCCGCCGCAGCGGCUCGCGCGCAUCAAGACGCUGCUGCGGCCGCACCUCGAGGAGGACGCCGUCAUCUGCCUGCAGGAGGUGUCGGCGCCGUGGAUCGGCGAGCUGACGCCCUUCUUCGAGGAGGCGGGGUACACCUUCGUCACCGGCUCGUACGGCUCCCCGUUCAACGGCUACAUGGGCGCCUCGCCCGCCCGAUGGCGCGCCGAGCCUCCACGCUCCAAGCUGCGAGUCGCGCUCUGUGGCGCGUGGGCGUCGCUCUCCACGCUGUGGCGGGCGCCGCAGAAGCGCCCCUUCGACGUGUGGUCCGAGACGCGGCGGCGACACAACUUUUUGGUCAGCGUAAACUUGCGGUGCAAGAGGAGCGGGCGGCGGGUGUCGGUGUCGACGUACCACAUGCCGUGCCUCUUCGGCUCAGACGCAAAGGCGCAGGUGCAGGUCAUGACCAACCACGCCGCCCUCGCCGCGCAGCAAGCGCUGCGCUUCGCCGGAGAAGGCGCCGCCGUCCCUGGAUGCCGCACGUCGGCGUACGUGCUCGCGUCCGGUUCCGAGCCCGAGUUCACCAACCUGGCGGUGACCAAGUUCGCCAAGCCGGGCGAGCCGCCCUUCUGCGAGACGCUCGACUACAUCUUUGUGUCCGACGGCGACGGCUGGACCGUGCGGGCCGUGCGGCCGCUGCCGAGCAAGGAGGCGGUGCUGGACAAGGGGGGGGUCGAGUCGUACCCGACGCUCGAGGAGCCGUCCGACCACACGAUGAUCUGGGCCGACCUCGGACUCGCUUGA